AUGAAGGCCCUAUUUGCUGUCAACAUUGCAUUAGUCCAUGAGGACCUGGGGGCUAUGACAGCCAGAUUGCAGACACUGGAGGGUGACGGCGAUAUUGCAAAGGGCAGACCGAGAUGGACAAGCUUAAGCAAGCAAACCUCCUCAUGGAUGUUAGAGUUGCGACGCUUCAUGAUUCCAAGAGACAGUGAAACCUCGGGAUUCGGGUGUUUCGGAGGAUAUCACAGAUGCUGA